UCGCUCCUGCGGCCAUCAUCUAUUGCAUUUACUCACGCGAGCAAUCAUGGCUCUGCCCCCGGAACAGAUCAAUAUCAAGCGCCGUCGAGAGGAGGAGCCCGUCGAAACUCUAUACAUCCAAUCCGACAUCCAUCAAAAGAAACGUCGGUUUACAGACUUCAUCUUUCAAAGAGUCAGGGUUGGCGGCGAUGAUGGAUCGCCUAGUCCUCCUCCAGCUGCGCCUGCAUCUGCAUCUUUAUCACUUGCGCAAACGCGCCGUGCUCUCCGCGCCCCCAGAUCAGUGAGCAGCCUCAACUUCACGCCUCCUUCCAACGCCGAUUCUGGCGUUAGUGUCAGGAGUGCCAGCGCUUCUCGCGGCACUGGCGUGCCCGUGGUACGUGCCACGUCUCCUGGGGCGGAGAUAAGAGAAGAGAAACGUCUCGCUGCUCUGCGCAAGGAAAAAUAUGAGGGUCUGAAAAAGGCUCUGUAUUCAUCUCAGUCACCACCUCCACCUCCGAGGUCAACGCCUCCUAGCACUGCUGGGCGUGGGAGUGGAAGUGCCCCAUCAUCACCUGGGAGUGGCGGUGCAGCGACCGUCCGGAAAUUCCACAUCUCUCGAUCGAGCAUGCCGUUGAGCCUUUUGAAAGCCACCAAUGGCGGGGUUCAAAAGAGGAAACCCGGAGAUGGGACGCCGGCGGUGGCCAUCUUGGUUGAAAAACUGAGGCGGAAACCGCAUUCCAGGGAGGCUUCGAUGGUUGCAGACUUAGCCAUGCAAAAUGCUACUGUGUCUCAGGGCGUCUCUGUGGCUCUUUCUGAAAGGGAAGAGAAAAGCCAACCCGUCCGUCCCAGAAAGCGACCCGUCAUGAAUCAGGCAGAGAAGCGAUGGAGGGAGGAACGCAAGGCGGACGUAUCUGCUGCCAAGAAGCAUAUUGCUGAGACUUUGGAGAAAGAAGCCCACAGAACCCACCAUAGUAACUGGGAGGACGAGUCAGAUGAUCUCGCUCGUCAAUUCGAAGAGAUUGCCCUGGAGCUUGAUGAAGGAAUGGAUAAGGAGCCGACUGGCACGAGAGAAGUGCCUUCUCCAGCGACACAUACAGCCAGACUGUCACUUCCAAAGCCACCGCUGAAGUAUCAACCAAGGUCGUCUAAUAGACCGCGAACUGUUGCAGAACAUACACGAGAAAAUAUGCAAGUUGACUCUAAUCUUCCGGAAGACCAAGAAGAAGAUGACGAUGACGCCGAUUACGUCUACGACACAUACAUCCGACGACCAAUACCGGAAAACAUGCAGCUGACGAAUCCCCUCACCAGCGCGGAGUCAGACUGGCAGAAGAGCAUCGGCGUCGACCCUGCCCAUCGUCAGAAUGUGGGUGUCAUUGUCAUCGCCCCGGAAGACGAGGAAUACUGGGAACAUUUCAUCGAAGAAGACGAAGACGAGGAUGAGUGGGAUAGCGAGGAUGCAGACUCGAACGCCGAAAAUAACCCUGCAAACGACUACCCCGACGAAGAGCUCUCUUCGGAGGACGAAUACGAUGAUCCAACGGCUAUAUAUAGCCGGUACAGACACCAUGCUGCGUCUGAUGAUGAGGAAUAUGAUAUCGCGGGCUCUUAUGAUGAUCCUUACAGCAUUGGCCACGGUGGACUCGGGUUUAGAUCUAGGCGGCUUGUGGACGAGGAUUCGGAAGAUGAUGAUGAUGACUCGCGUCGGUGGUGGUAGAUGGCGUAUUCUACGCUGGACGAUGUUAUUCAAUGAUUAUUUACUGGUUAAUAAUGUAUGGAGUAGCAUUAGCAACAUACAACUACAGUAUAUCUAAUAAGGAACAGCUGCUGAGUACAGCAUCCAUCCAUCC